CAGUCGCUCUUAUCCUUUCCUUUUCUUUCGUUUCUUCGGUCGGUGGUGGUGUCUGUGGAAGUGCUCCGGGAGUGUGUGUGCUCGCGUGUGGUCAGAAUCUGUGGAACGAUGCGGUGAAUUGUAACUCGAAGAGAGCACCAGAGAUGAGUUCCAACGCCAUCCGGGGCAUCCGACGCAAGAAAUCGACGCUCUCCGAAGUGAAGAUAGCCGUACUGGGAGCGUCGGGCGUAGGAAAGAGCGCACUCGUCGUACGGUUCCUGACGAAGAGGUACAUAGGAGAAUAUGACCACCAAACAGAAAACAGGUACAAAAGCGAGAUGAUGGUGGAUGGCGAGCCUGUUCUAUUUGAAAUACUGGACACCUGCCCAAGGAGUGAGGACGAGCUUCCCCGGGACGAGAUCCUACAGUGGGCGGAUGGCUUCAUGCUCGUCUACUCCAUCGUGGACCGGGCCAGCUUCCGUUACCUGGGCCUUCUGCGACGCCACCUGAACAACACGCUGCCGAACCUGCACAGGGCGGUCACGCUAUCCAACACGGGCGGUGGCCCUGCAGGUGCGGGGGGUGGUGGUGGCGCCCACCAGCCGCAGACGCAGCAGACACCGGUGCCGGCGCCAGUCUGCAUCGUGGCCAACAAGGCCGAUCUCAUCCACCUCAGGCAGGUGAGCACGGAGGAAGGCGAGAUCCUGGCCAAGGGUGCAGAUGAUGGUUUCGUCGAGCUCACGGCCUCCGAGCAGGUGCACCAGGUGGCGCAGGCGUUCGCCGACCUCUGCCGCGACGUCUACGCCCACAGGAGGCGCUCCAAGCAGUCGCUGCUCGACCGGGUCUUCUUCGCCGGUGCCAAGGGCAUCGCUGCAAAGGCGAACGACCCCGCUGGAGGGCGCAAGUGAAAAAAGACGUCACACUGUCGGCUCGGUCUCCACGUCUGUGGCAUUGUUCAUAUCGUUUUUUUUUAUUUAUUUCUCUGUAAGUCGGGAUACAUAGAUACUUAGAAGUUUUCUAACAAGAAUCAAAGAUAAGUGUUUUGUUGUGUUCGGAGUCAGGAUAGAUUUCGGCAAGAUAGAAUUGCCCAUUGAAUCACGAAAAUGGGCAAUCGGAAGCUUGCGAUUCGGGACUUGAACGAAGAAUUCGGAAAUGUAAAUUUCGCACGUGCUUGCAUUUCUAGAGUGAGGUAAUGGUGUCAUGGGCUGAAAGUUUUGUUGAGAGUUCAUAAUUCGAAGUUCCCAGACAAUGACCGAUAUUGCAGGCAGGGUCUACUAAAGUUACAGAGCAUAGCACAGAAUUUGAUCUACUGGUCAUGUACGUCGGCCAUUAAGCGAAAGAUGGGAAAUUUGCAAACCCUUCAAUUUUCGCUCAGUGAAGAGCAGCUCAGUAAGUGGACUUCCUCAUGGCGUUGCUUGCGAGAAAAUUUGAAAUUAGUUUUACUACUGGUCUGCGUUUCUGUCAUGUGGAGGCUGACAAACAAAAGUCGUACUGAAUUUUAUUGGGUGGAUAUGAGACCGCACUUAGUUAAAUGGUUUUUUUAUUUGUUUGAGGAAUUUUACUAUUCAUGCACUCUGCACUUAACAGAAGGGUUAUAUGUGUUUUAUUUAUUGUUGUGACUAUGAAACGGUUUUGUACAGAUAACAAGCGGGAUAAAAAACUCAGAGCUAUCCUUCGU